AUGUUCAGCCCGGACGGGGGGCUGCCGGCCGCCCCCUUCGGCCUCCUGCCCGACGCCGGCCCGCCCUUUCCCCGCGGCGGCUUCGACGGGGCGGCCGCUCAGCCGCUUUUCUUCCCCUUCGCCGCCGAGCCCGAGCCCGCCCGCGACCCGCCGCCGGCCCGCGCCUGGUUGCCCCCUCCCGCCGGGCCGCCCGCCAAGGCGGAGGUUCGCCCGGGCCGGCCGUGCCGCCAGCCCUCGCCCGAGCCCCGCGGGGCCGGUUUCUGCGGGCCGCCCUGGCCCGCUCCGCCCUGGCCCGGCCCCGCGCCCCCGGCCGCCGCCCUGCCCGGGCCGCCGUUCCCCGGCCCCGGCCCCGCCGCCUUUCCCGGCCCCCAGCUCUGCCCCGCCGCCCUGCAGCCGGGCCCGGGCGGCCUCUCGGCGCUGGGCAGCAGCGGCAGCUCCAGCGGCGCGGCCAGCGAGGGCGGACACUCCAGCGACAGCGGCGAGGAGGAUGCCCCAACCUCGGAGGAGCUGGAGCAGUUUGCCAAGGACCUCAAGCACAAACGCAUCAUGCUGGGCUUCACCCAGGCUGACGUGGGGCUCGCCCUGGGCACUCUCUAUGGGAAGAUGUUCAGCCAGACGACCAUCUGCCGCUUCGAAGCGCUUCAGCUCAGCUUCAAGAACAUGUGCAAACUGAAGCCGCUGCUGCAGCGUUGGCUCAACGAGGCAGAGAACACAGACAACAUGCAGGAGAUGUGCAAUGCAGAGCAAGUGUUGGCUCAAGCCCGGAAGAGGAAACGCAGGACCAGCAUCGAGACCAACGUGAAGGGCACCCUGGAGAGCUUCUUCCGCAAGUGUGUGAAGCCCAGUCCCCAGGAGAUCUCCCAGAUCGCUGAGGACCUCAACCUGGACAAAGAUGUGGUCCGGGUCUGGUUCUGCAACCGCCGUCAGAAAGGCAAACGGCUGCUGCUGCCCUUUGGCGCGGAGGCAGAGGGGGUGAUGUACGACAUGAACCAGUCCCUGGUGCCCCCCGGCCUGCCCAUCCCGGUCACGUCGCAGGGUUACAGCCUGGCUCCCUCCCCUCCCGUUUACAUGCCGCCCUUCCACAAAGCCGAGAUGUUCCCUCCAGCUCUGCAGCCUGGGCUCUCCAUGAACAACAGCAGCCACUGAACCGGGGGUCCCUGGCACCCCACGCCAUGGCUGGGUGGGCUCUUGGCCCCGAGGGGGGCACGGCUCUGGGCA